UUGCAUAGAGCGAAUGUACCAACAGUUCAUACGCGGCGACUACAAGCCAUUGCAAUCUUAAUGUGCAAAGUAAAAAAUGGCCUGGCGCCUCCCUAUAUUGCGGACUUAUUGGUCGUUACCAAUUCUCUUUAUCAUCUUAGAAAUCGUGACUUCGUCAUUACUAGAUUUCGGACUGUUGCUUAUGGCAAACACAGCCUGACCUACCUAGGCCCUGUCAUUUGGCCCAAACUCGAUAUAUAUAUUCUAUUGUCUGAAUCUUUGGACAUUUUCAAAAAGCGUAUUAAACUGGUUAAUUUCACAAGUCUGCUUGACAGCGCUUGUAAAGACUGUUUUUUAUGUAACAACUAA